UAAUUUUUAUCGAUGAUAUUAAUACUCAUGAAUAUAUUCGAUAUGAAUAAGAAAGAAUUGUACAAAAAAACACAAACUAUUGUACAAAAAAACACAAACUUAAUUUCAACUUGGUGGUCAUUCUAGAAUCGAAAGCCCUUCUCUGGUGAUUAAUUUCAAUGUAGGUGACCACAACACCUUAACUGUGAAUGAGCCGGUUACAUUUAUCCAGUCUCUACCAGGGGGACAACCUAGAAUCGAAGGUUUUGGUAUCAACAUACAUUUCACCCAUGGAAUUGGAAAUCAUCCAGCUCAAAGUAAGCUUUUAAGCCAUUCUUUAUCAUAUAUUAUUUUAGAGUCGUCCUACUGAUUUUAACUUGACUUAUCACCAGACGAGUCAGAGCAAUGCGCCGGGGCUGAGCUAGACGCUGACCUAAACGAGGCGAUGGCAAACUACGAUUAUGUUAUCUUGCUUACCUCCAAAUCUACGAUUUUAAAUGACUAAUAUUGUUGUUUACAUCCGAUGUGCCAGUACCAGUUGUCCAGCAAGGUCUCUUUCAUCCGUGCAUUGGCUAUUUAUGUGAGUUAUAUUCACAAUUUUCGUUUUGUGUAUAUGCUGAGAUUAAAGUUUCCAUCAGUACCAUAUUCACAAGGUCCUCACGAAAGUGAGUUUUUAUUUGUUGCUUUUUUUUUUGUUUUUUCUUUAAGGGAAAAUUGGAAAUAUGGAAUAAAAAGAUAAGUAGAUUGUUCCUUUGCCAUAAUAUGAAUUAUAAGUUGUCCUAAUGCCAUAAUGUUUUCUGUAAACCCAAUUAAACUCCUAAUCUAAUCUUUUAAACGUUUUUGUUAAUUUAAUUAUGUUAAUAAAAUAUUAUUAUUAUUUUUAAUUAAUUUAAUUAUUAAAAAAAAAUAUAUACAAAAGGGAAAAAAUCGACUAAAAUUUCCCCCAAGCUCGAUGAACCCUAAUUGCUGUCUCCUCCUUUGGCGAUAGAGAGAAAGGACGAUUUGAAGGGGAUCUCGCCGUCGCCGGUGUCGUUUUGGCCGGUAAUACUCCGCCGGUGUUCUUCUUCUUCUUAAUCGAAGUCUCAGAGACCUCGUCUCACUUGGCGACUCGUUCUCAAUUAAGUUGCCGAAGACCGCUGAAGCUCGUACCUCGCCGAUAACUGAACUCGUGCCUCACCGCUCCGCUCUCACUCUCUCAGCCAUAGUUUCAAGCAAACCAAUCGAUUCUCCUCAGGUUUGUUUAUGAAUUUUUUGCAUGUCUUUGUAUCUCUUACUUGAGCUUGUUUAAGAUCGAUUUUGAAUGUCAUAAGUUUCGAUUCUUUUUUCUGUGAAUUAUUAUUUAGGCUUCAAUCUUAUCAAAAUUUCCUACUUUUUUGAGCUUUGGUUAAUUUGUUUUUGUAGCAACCGAUCUCUAGUAACUCUUGUUUUAUCUUGUGAAUUAUAUUAUGAUGCAUGCGUUUAUAAAUAUUGACUGUAGUGAUUGUGUUUCUUGCAUUGUUUAUAGGUAUGACGAUUGAUCAGUUGCCUAAAUGCUUAUUCAAAGAGGGAACUGAAACACAAGUUGAGAAGGUCAACAACAGUUGUCGAACUUCCAUACUUGCGAAGGUGGCGAAGUACUGUCCAGACGAGUACAAAGAAGUGUCGGUGGAUCCGCUAUUUGCUCAGAUUGUGGCCAUUCAUGUACACAAGCUUCAGUUUUCGGCAAGAGCGAUCCACACCUUCGUUUGCAAGCAGCUUCUGUCCGCAAAGCGUUAUGAGUUGUGGUUCCAUUAUGCUAGGAGGCCUCUCAGAUUUUCAAUGCAAGAAUUCUAUGCCAUCAUAGGUUUGAAAUACAAUGACGAGCCCGACUUGGAGAUUGAUGACUGGGAAUAUGAUGGAGGGUUUUGGAGUAAGUUGCUAAGGAGACAGAAAAAUAUUUCGGUUCAGCAAAUCAGGAAGGUUCAUGUGAAGUUGUGUAAUACAUGGUCUCGUGUUGAUAGGCUGCGGUUGGUCUAUUUGUGUGUGAUUGCUGGUAUUCUUAUGGCGAAGGAUGAGAAGGUGUGGAUCCCAUACAAGUACAUCAAGCUCGUGAUGAACUUCGAGAAGAUGAGGAAAUAUCCGUGGGGUCUUCACUCUUUUGAUAUGCUGGUGAGUUCCAUUAUCAACGCUAGGGAUAAAGUGAAGACGCAAAACAGUUAUGUCGUAGAUGGAUUCUCGUAUGCACUUCAGAUUUGGUUGAUGGAAGCUGUUCCGGACAUUGGGUCUCUUUUGGGUCAGAAACUGAGAGAAGGCGUGAAAACCAUGAGGUGCAGAAAUUGGAAAGGAUCUGCUAAGAUUUCCUAUGAGGAUAUUAUUACCAUAGAGUCUAAUUUUGCUUCCACCGGAGAUGUGUUUCCAUCCAUUUCUACAUCUGGAAAUUUCAAAGACGUGAUUACUGAUGCCGAGUUUGUUCGAGUCUGUGAGAUGAAGGAUGAAAGAGUUGAUCUAAUCAUUGACAUGCAGCGAAACAAGUAUGACUGGAGUAAGCAUGUUUGGGCUUAUAAGGAAACAGUGAAACCAUUUCAGUACAGUUCUGAGGAAGAUGGUUCAGAUGAGGAAGCGGCUGUAGAGACAAGUGAAACUGAAAUUGAAGAAGAAAUAGAAAGCACCCGUGUGUCUCCUACUAAGAAGAGGAAGAACAGGUUUCGGGAUACUGGUGCGGAGUCGAGGAAGAAGAGGUUACUUUGCCAAAGAUCAACCGAGAAAUAUAGAGAUCUUGAAGAGGAAAUGAAGUCCUAUAUCCAGAGUAUGUUUAACUCUUCUUUUACUGCCUUAGGCCUCGAGGUACGCGAGAUUAUUGAAGACCGCUUUACCAAAUUAGAGGAGAAGAUCCUUUCAUCUCAGACUCAGGGUGGUGCACCUGCUAAUACUCAGACUCGUGGUACUGAUCCGUUUUGGACUCCUUCUGCUGCUGCUGCUGGUGCUGCUGCUGCUGCCACUGCUCCGGCUUCGGUUUCUGGUCGUCCUCCUGCUCCUACUCGGGCUUCUACUGAAGCUCCUGCUUCGGUUUCUACUCCAGGUCUUGCUCCUUCUCGCAGUGCGGCUUCUGCUCCUUAUCGCAGUCGAGCUUCUGCGACUGCUCACAAUGGUGGUCCUGCGAAUGCUGCGAAGACAAGGUCUCAGACAAAGGUAAACAAGAAGUAGAUCAUUUUUCAUGUCUUCGGUUGCUGUUAUAUUUUCAUGUCUUUGGUUGCUUUUCUUUUUCAUGUACUCGGUUUGCGGUUUGUAAUAUUAUUUUAAGAAUGAUGUUGUCUUUGCUGUGUGUAAUAAUUAUGUAAGGAUGAUGUUUUGGAUCAUUUGUGUGAUAUCAUUAUAAGGAUGGAAUCUUUCUUUAAAAAAUA